GCGGUCUCAGGUCCCGGGCGCCGCCAAUGAGUCGCUUCGGGGCGGAGCUGGGGCUGCAGCCGGCCGUCUGAGAAGCAGGAAAGGGAAAACGAAGGUGUCCCCAGGCUCAGAGCGGCCGCCGACGCCAUCCUGCCCUCCCUCCACCUCGGCGCAUCCCAGCCGGAGCUCCCCAGCCUCCAGCCCGGGGCCGCCGAUCUCUCCGGGGCCCCCUGGCCGGGGAAACCGCCCCAGCGUCGCAGGCGGCCCUUGCAGCCCGUAGAGCUCGCAGCCUGGGAGGGAGGCCUCGGGAAGCGCCCAGGCCCCGCACCCCGCCGGCCCGGCCGAGCUGGCCGCAGGAAAGCCUCUGAAUUCCGAGAGGGAGCGCAGCCGGCCGCGGGGCGCGAGCUAUGUCGGAGCCCGGGAAGGGGCCGGACGAGCCCGACGAGGGCCAGUACGACUCGGGCAUCGAGUCCUGGCGCUCUCUGCGCUCCCUGCCCGAGGCCUCCCUCCCCUCAGGACCCCCGGACGGCCGCCCCCCGUCCCGACCUCCCUCAGGGACCAAGGAGGACCCGAAAGAGGAAUAUGGGGAGCGGAUGGACUCCGCCUACGGCUCGUCUUCCAUCACCGAGCCUCUGCCCCCGCUGGGGGGCCCCGAGGGCGGGGAAACCCGCGCGCCCGAGGCCCGGGGGGGGACUCUGUGCCCGCAGCAGCUGGAGGCGCUCACCUACAUCUCUGAGGAUGGAGACACGCUCUUACACCUGGCUGUGAUCCAUGAGGCUCCUACUGUGCUGCUGUGCUGCCUAGCUCUGCUGCCCCAGGAAGUCCUGGACAUACAAAAUGACCUCUUUCAGACAGCCCUGCACUUGGCAGUGUACCUGGAUCAGCCCCACACAGUCCGGGCGCUAGUGCAGAAAGGGGCAAGCCGGACCCUGCAGGACAGGCAUGGGGACACAGCCCUGCACCUGGCCUGCCAGCACCAACACCUGGACUGUGCUCGCUACCUCUUGGAGGCCACAUCCGAUCGAGGUCGGAGCCAGCAUCAUCACCCAGAGCUUCGGCUGCAAAACUGGCAAGGCCUGGCCUGCCUACACCUUGCUACUUUGCAGAGAAACCGGCAGCUAAUGGAACUGCUUCUCCAGAAUGGAGCUGACGUUGACAUCCAGGAGGGCACCAGUGGCAAGACUGCCCUUCACCUGGCCGUGGAGACUCAAGACAGGGCAUUGGUGCGUUUCCUGCUUCGGGCAGGGGCUCAGGUAGAUGCCAGAAUGCACAAUGGCUGUACCCCCCUCCACCUGGCCGCUGGGCGCCACCUGUCGGGCAUUGCUGCCACUCUGUGCCAGGCAGGUGCUGAUUCCUUGCUUCGGAAUGUUGAAGAUGAGACCCCACAGGACCUUGCUGAAGAUCCUCUUACUCUCCUACCCUUUGAUGACCUGAAGAUUUCUGGGAAGCCACUGCUAUGUACUGACUGAAGCCAGGUCUGAGUCUUUAUGGCCUCCUUCCUUAACUCAACCUCCAUAACCAGGCCACUGCCUGUAUUUCAGCUCAUAAGGAUGAACAGCAGCUGCUCUGGCCUCUGUCUGUCUUCCUAGUCUACCACAGGAGGGUUGGCGUGGGUGCAAGAGCCUCUUGAAACACGGGAUUUACUACUACAGGCUAAAGAGUCUCUGAGCUGAGAGGGACUCAGAUCUCAAGGAGCAGACAAAGAAACUAUACCACAGAGGCGAUUUGUGGAGGAAAUAAACUUUCUUGGACUCCUCAUCACAGGAAGGAGUGGCAAAAUGAUUGCAACAGCAGGAGUCCUCUCCCCUUUACAAAUAUGGAACCAGAGACUUAACCCAUGCUGGUUUACCCAGGAGCUGUAACACUGUUACUGGGAACACUUCCAGAGCAAGCCUGAAGUAGGUGGCUGAGGGAAGAAAAUGAAGCAUCAGCAGGAGUUUGUCCUGUAGGAAAACCUCAUCUUAUUAUUGAGGAUAGUAGGAAAGAGUUGUUUAACAGACUUCUGAGAGAAAUCCUGGACUGUGUUUUGAGAAGGGGGAAUGACAUGACACUAAAAAAAAGCAGAGUGUUUGACUGUU